UGGUGAGACAAAUAGAUCCAAGAGAGUCUGCGUAUCCUGGAUCAGACUACGGAAGUCUACUUGAGGAUGCCGCCCUCUGUCGUCGCUGUUACCGUAAAUGUCGGAUCGGAAGCGGCGUCUGUGUGCGGUCAGUCUCCCUGACAAGUCAGAAGUACACAGACUACAGCAUCCCUCAGUAAUGUGUGCAGGUAUUCAGCCUGAAACUGAAGGAAACUGGCUCUCUUAUGGGGAUACAGAUGUCAAGUCCACUGUGAUGAUCCCAGAUGGAGAGCUAUUGUCCCUGAAUAAGAUGACUGUCUCUCUGAGUUCCCAGAUUCUAGAUGUACAUAAACAACACAGGUUGCUGAGAAUAAAUUUCCCUAGGGAACAGGUUAAUAUUUUUGAAAGAGAAAGACUUAAUCUGGAGGCUUUUCGCCAGACCUUCAGAUGUUUUCCAUACCCAGAAAAAGCUGGACCUCGUGAGGCUGUGAACCAGCUCUGGAAACUCUGCCUUCAGUGGCUGAGGCCAGAGAUUCACACAAAGGAACAGAUCCUGGAGCUGCUGGUGCUGGAGCAAUUCCUGACCAUCUUGCCCAGUGAAAUCAGGAUUUGGGUGAAGUCACAGCAUCCGGAGAACAUUGAGGAGGUGGUCACCCUGGUGGAGGAUUUGACCCAAAUACUUAAGGAGGAUGCUUUGCAUUCUCAGGAUUCUGUCCUUCUCCAAGAUAGGAACACAGAAAAAGAAGAAAAGCCUGCUGUGUUUCCACCAGCAAGAUUUCAGGAAUCAGUGACAUUCAAGGAUGUGGUUCCAGACUUCACUUGGGAAGAACUGUUACAGCUGCACCCUGCUGAGCAGGACCUAUACAGAGAUGUGUUGCUGGAGAACUAUAGGAACUUGGUUUUUCUUGGGCUUUCAACUUCCAAACCAGAUGUGGUCUCCCAGUUGGAACAUGGGGAAGUGCCAUGGAUGCUAGAGAGUAAAGCCUCAAAAGAUUCCGACAUCAAUCCUAAAGCCUCAGCAUCAGUUGCAAAGUGGGAAACAUCUGUGGAAGGAUCACCUCAGCAAACAAUAAUGGAAAGACCCAAAAAACAAAAUUCCUGGAACUUCAGACUGAGAGAAGCCUUUCACUGUUAUGGCACAUUAUUAAGGCAGCCAGGCCAUCAUGAACAUUUGAAGCAAGAAACUGUCAAACAUGAGGAAAUUUCCAGUAAUGAAGAAGGCUUUGAAAAGAUUAAUGAAUUUGGGAGAAGUUUCAGCCUGAGACAAAUCCUAGAUACAGAACAGGUUCCUAUAGUAAAAAACAUCUAUAAAUAUGAUAUAUAUAGAAAGAACUUCAAAGAUAAUUUAGGGCUAGUUAAGUGUCAAAAAACCUGCAUAGGAAAGAAACCUUUUAUAUAUAAUGAAUUUGGGAAAGCCUUUAGUCACAUUUCACAACUUAAUCUUCUUCAUCAUGACCAUCAUUCUGGAGAGAAACCCUGUACAUGUAAUGAAUGUAGGAAAACUUUUACCAAAUGGGUAAACAUUGCUGAACAUCAGAUAAUUCAUUCUGAAGAGAGUUCAGAUCAUUAUAAAUGUAAUGAAUGUAGUAAAGUCUUUAGUAAGAAGCCAAACCUUACUCAACAUCAGCAAACUCAUUUUGGAGAGAAACCCUUUAAGUGUAAUGAAUGUGGGAAAGCCUUCAUCAAGUGGGCAAAUCUUACUGAACACCUGAGAAUUCAUUCUGGAGAGAAACCUUAUAAAUGUAAUGAGUGUGGAAAAGCCUUUACCAAGAGGUCAAACCUUACUCAGCAUCAGCAUACUCACAUUGGAUUGAAACCAUUUAAGUGUAAUGAAUGUGGAAAAAACUAUAGCUACCUUUCACAACUUAAUCUUCAUCAAAGAAUUCAUUCUGGAGAGAAGCCUUUUAAAUGUAGCGAGUGUGAAAAAGCCUUUACCAAGCGGGCAAACUUAAAUGAACACCAGAAAAUUCACUCUGGAGAGAAACCAUACAAAUGUAAUGAGUGUCACAAAGCAUUUGCCAAGCAGGCAAACCUGACUCGACAUCAUAGAAUUCAUUCUGGAGAGAAACCCUAUAAAUGUAAUGACUGUGGCAAAGCAUUCACUCAGAGGGCACAUGUUACUCAACAUCAGAGAAUUCAUAUUAGAAAGAAACAUUGUUGAAAGUAUUGAUGGUAGGGGUGGCUAGGUGGCGCAGUGGAUAAAGCACCAGCUCUGGAUUCAGGAGGACCUGAGUUCAAAUCUGGCCUCGGACACUUGACACUUACUAGCUGUGUGACCCUGGGCAAGUCACUAAACCCCCAUUGCCCUGCAAAAAACCAACCCCCCACCCCCAAACAACAACAACAACAACAACAACAACAAAAGAAAGUAUUGAUGGUCAGAAAGAUUUCAAUCUGAGAGCGCAUCUUAAUCAGCAUAAAAGAAAGUGUAAUGAAGAGAAGCCUUGUCAAUAUAAUAACUCGUGAUUUUUAUUCAGAUUUCUUGUCCUUUUCAGAAUUACUGAUUAUUAUUAGUUCUGUUGUAUAAGGCCAAGCAGAACAAGCUUUAUAACAAAACUACAGAACUAAAGAGCUAGACACCACUUUAAAGACUCCCAGUCCUGUCUACCUAACCAGGCAUCCCUUCUGCAGCAUCCCAAACAAGUGGGUUUUCCAUCUUCAUGAAAACCCUUAAUAAGAGUGAACCCACUGUCUCCCAAGGUAGCUCGUUCCACUUUUUGUUAGCUUUCCUCAUUAAGAAUUUUUUAUGUCCACCAAGUUUAAACCUGGCUCUCUGCAGUGUCCACCCGUUUCUCUCAGUUCUGCCAGAUGGGGCCAGGCAGAGCAACUUGAAUGCUUCAUCUUUAUGAUAACCUGUCAAAAAUUAGGACAGUUAUAUUCCUUCUAUGUCUUAAUUUCCCCUGACUAUAUGUGCCUAGUUCCUUUAACCAGUCCUUGUCUGGUUAUUUUCCAGUCUUCAUACCUUCCUAUUUAUUCAACUACUAGAAAGUUUCCCUGUACUCUUUUGGGGGGUGGGGUGGGGCAGUAAGGGUUAAGUGACUUGCCCAGGGUCACACAGCUAAUAAGUGUCAAGUGUCUGAGGCUAGCUUUGAACUCAAGUCCUCCUGAAUCUGGGGCCUCUGCUUUAUCCUCUGUGCCACCUAGCUGCCCCCAAAUACUUUGCAUCUUAAUGCAGUCUAGUAUACCAUUCAUUUAAAAAAACCUAUCAUGUUAUUGUUAUCAAGGCUAGAACAUUAUAUCUGUUUCUGUUAAAUUUCAAAUUAUUGAAUCCAUCCCAUUCUUCUAGCCCAUUGAUACCUUUCUAGAUUUGGUCUUUAUCAUCCGAUAUGAACAUGGCAUCAAACACCUGCUAUGUGCCGGGUACUGUGCUAGGGAUACAGAGAUAAAAAUGAAGUAGUCCAUUUCCUCAAGGAACUAAAAUUAUAUUGGGGAAAACAAUUUAUAUACCUAUAAAUAUAUGCAAAGUAAAUGGAUAGGUAAUUUCAGUGGGGAGAUGUUAACAAUGGGGAGGAUCAGGAAAGGCCUCAUUCAGGAAGUGGCACAUGAGCUGAACUUUGAAGGAAGUGAGGAAUUCUAAGGGGCAUAGGUCAGACAAUAAGUACAGGAGUCAACUCAGGCAUGGGAGCAGAGAUGGAAGAUGGAAUGUCAUGUUUGAGAACCAGCAAAUAGGCCAGAUUACCUGGGCCAUAGAAAGGAGAAAAGGUAGGUUGAAGUCAGGUUAUGAAGUUGUCUGAGUAUAGCUCAACAAAGGAAUGGGCGGAAAGUGAAUUUUGUCAAAACAUUAUGGUUCCUCAAUUUUCUCACAUGCUUUUUUUUUUUUUGGUGGGGCAAUGAGGGUUAAGUGACUUGCCCAGGGUCACACAACUAGCUCACAUGCUUUUUUAGUGCUACCCUAUGUGCCUCCCCUCUUUUAACCAUGUUCCAUUUGAAUGAGAUAUAUUCUUUCAGAGGCAUAUUCCAGUUCUGAGUAUUAUCUAACAAAAGCUCUGUGAUAGCGUUGAGUUCUAAUUUGCUUUCUUGUGUUGGGAUCUCUAAUGCACUUUAAAAAAAAAAAUUAUUUUUUGGUGAGGCAAUUGGGGUUAAGUGACUUGCCCAGGGUCACACAGUUAGUAAGUGUUAAGUGUCUGAGGCUGGAUUUGAACUCAGGUACUCCUGACUCCAGGGCUGGUGCUCUAUCCACUGCGCCACCUAGCUGCCCCUCUAAUGCACUUUUGUGUAUUUGUGAAUGGGACAUCAGAGGCCAUGAGUUUUAUCUGUCCUUGUUUGGAUUUUAUAUCCUGUGAAAUUCUGGGUGUUUCUACUGUUAGUUUUCUGAGAAGUGGUUAAAAAAAAGGUGCCAUCGAUUACAUGUAUAAAUGAUAUGAUGAAUAAAAUAAUUAUGAGAGGCAAAAUUCUGGGUAAAUUAUAAUCAGUUUAUCAAGCACACCCAGUAAGAGAUUGACAAAGAUUUCUCUUUGUCCUCUUGUAGUUCAAAAAGAAAAAAGAGAAGAGACUGUAUGACUACUUCUUCAGGUUUUUGUGCUCUUUGGACAAGAGGAGGUCCAUUGAGCAGCAGUCAAAUCUGAUUGGUCAACCUAAUUUGGAGGUAGGCUAUGAUAAAAUGAAGGGAUACACCAGACCACCGCCAACCUUGGGAUAAGUAUUCAAAGAAUGCAUAGCCUCUUCAAUAGGAGAGCUUAAUCCUCCCUAAACAAAAGAUCUCUCUCCCUAGCAGAGCACCCCAGACCAAAUUCCUAGAGGUUUGUGGGCCUGACCAGGAUUAAGGAGAGUCAAUUCUAUCCUAUUAAGAAGGACUUUGGAACAGGGGAAGUCAGGACUUUGAAAGAAUGUUGUAGGGGAGGGAGUCAGGACUGAACCCCCAAGAUAUUGGUUAUGUCAUGGGGAAAAUGGGGUAGGGGGUUUGAGUAGGGGUAGAGGUUUGGGGUCCCUAGGAAUUCCUCUUUAAAGAAUUACACCCUCUCGCACACAAAAGCAGUUAGAAUAAGUAGUUUAAGGAAGAGGAAAGGGAAGGGAAACUAUGAAAGAAAUCCUUGGACUUCUCAUGGGGAGAAAGGCAUGGCAGAGUGUCUCUCUGAGAUACUAAUCUCAAGCAGGAGACAGGCAGGUACUUUUAUAGAGGACUGAUGGGGGUGACCAUCUGACUGGAAAGUUCCUUUAGUGAGGGAGGACCAUCCCUGACUGGUGGUGGCUGGGGGAAUUGGGUGAGGGGUGGCUGAAGCCAUCUCUUAGGAUACAAAGGAAGCAACCACACCCAAAUUUAUCUCCCCUGGGGUAAGGGAGACUAGAAUGAAGGGUGGAGGUCCUGAAGCUAGCUCAGUCCAAUCUGGUUCCAUCUAUCUCUUUAGGUGUGUCUGUCCUUUGGUUUACCUUCUCAAGGAGAAGGUUCCUUAAUGUACCUCAGAGAACUUCUGGGGUGCUCUGGGCCCAUAACAGUUACAAAUAAUCAUUUCUCACAAUGGAAAAGGAAGUAGAUGUAUCAUGUAGUAAGAGUGAGGAUUAACUGAUGGACAGUGCAAGGUUUGUCCUAGUAGCUUAAAAAGGCACCAAAACCUUUGGAACAUCUUGUUUUAGAAGAACCAUAGGAGGGCUAGAAAAACCCUAGAAAGCUUUCAAGUAGCUACUCUAAAGACGAUGUAUGGAAAGAUAAACAAGAAUUAUAC